CGUGAGUGUGUGUGCUCCCGUUAGCAUGUGUGGUUGUGAGGGCAGAGUUCGGGAUCCUGACAGAUGAAUAGUUGGGAAUAAGGAGGUAAAGCAGGGCGACGCGGGCGAGUCUCCCGGGCAGGAAAACCUGCAGAAAACCAUGUUCCCGAAAGGAAAAGGCUCCGUGGUGCCGUCCGACGGCCAGGCUCGGGAAAAGCUGGCUCUGUAUGUUUAUGAAUAUUUGCUCCACAUUGGUGCACAGAAGUCGGCUCAGACGUUCUUGUCAGAGAUUCGAUGGGAGAAGAACAUCACUCUGGGGGAUCCACCUGGGUUCCUGCACUCCUGGUGGUGUGUGUUUUGGGACCUGUAUUGCGCUGCGCCGGAGCGGAGAGACUCCUGUGAACAUUCGAGUGAAGCCAAGGCUUUUCAUGACUAUAGUGCUGCUGCAGCGCCGAGCCCUGUGAUGGGGAACAUGCCCCCUGGAGAUGGCAUGCCUGGUGGUCCGAUGCCUCCUGGAUUCUUCCAGGGCCCUCCUGGCUCGCAGUCCUCUCCUCACGCUCAGCCUCCUAACAGCAUGAUGGGACCUCAUGGCCAGCCGUUCAUGUCUCCUCGUUUUGGUGGAGGACCGAGACCCCCGAUCAGAAUGGGCAACCAGCCUCCAGGUGGCGUCCCUGCAGCGCAGCCUAUGCUCCCGAACAUGGACCCCCGUCUUCAGGGACCGAUGCAAAGGAUGAAUGUUCCCAGAGGAAUGGGACCUAUGGGUCCUGGACCCCAGAAUUUCGGGGGUGGGAUGAGACCCCCACACAACUCAAUGGGUCCAGGAAUGCCAGGAGUUGCUAUGGGUCCGGGGAACGGCAGACCACCCUGGCCGAAUCCCAACGCCAACAACAUGCCGUACUCCUCACCGUCUCCUGGUGCAUAUGGGGGCCCUCAGGGAGGUGGACCCCCAGGAACCCCAGGAAUUGUCCCAAGCCCUGCAGACUCCAACAAUUCAAGUGAAAACCUGUACACCAUGAUGAACUCAGGUGGAGGAGGGAGAACCAACUUUCCCAUUGGGCCGGGUUCAGAGGGCCCCCUUGGGGCGAUGGCUGGAAUGGACCCCAUGCACAUGAACGGGGGUUCUGGAGACUUGGAUGGACUCCCAAAGAAUUCACCCAAUAACAUGAACAACAUGAGCAACAACCUGGGAACCCCGAGAGACGAUGAUACUGGAGGCAGUUACCUUCACUCCUUCCAGAAUGAAAACCAAUACUCUCCCUCCAUGACCAUGAGUGUGUGAUGUGAUCUUUUGGAAGCCUCCUGGUUGGCUGGCCAUUAGAGAGAUGUGGAGAAACCUGUACAGGAUUUUCUGGCCAUGCAACUGCCUCUGCUUCACCUCCUGGUCUCCUGCAAUAUCACAUUUUUUUCAUUUAUUUCUUUUUAUGAUAAACACCCCUUUCUCUAACCCCUCCCCCUCUUCACCCACCCUAACCCUAAUCCGUGUGACACGAACCAGCAGGGGCCGUCCUUGUUUUAAUUCAGUCAUUUUAUCCUGCAAGGCCAACUUUGUUAAAAAAAAAAAAGGAAAAAAAAAGAAAAAGGAAAUAAAAGGAGCAUCAUUCAUGGUCCACUGGAUGUGUAGCCGCUAAAACCUCAGAGGAACAGCAUCAUGUCCACCAUCAUCUUCAGCAUGGUUUACGUGUUCCACACUGACACUGAACUCUUCAUAUGUGGCCUUGACCUCUGCCUGCAUUUUUGUUGCCUUUUCCUCAGUUUUUCUUUCAGCACAUCGUGAUGAGAGACUUUGGCCUCUCUUCAGUGUAAAGCUCAACAUUAUAUUAAUCCCCCCAUAAGUAUUACACAUCACUGCUUUUGAAGAGUACCUGUGCUGACUGCUCCUACAGAGGGGAGCUUUUUUUCCUGCACUGAUCCCCUUUACAUCAGCUGCUGUCUUGAACCUUUCCCAUGACUGAGUAAUAAAUAAUCCACCGGUCUGAUCAGAGACAAAUGCAAACUACCUAUAAGUGAAAGACUCUGAGAAAAGUCCAGGUUUUUGCCUCUGUCUGUCCCACUCCUGUGUUUGUCUCUUGUAGCAUUGACUCCAUGUAAUGCUGAAUUUGUGAUGUACCCAUAUAUCAUAUCAUAUAUAUAUUUUUUUUUAAAUCACUACCAUGUGCCUCAAUUGUUUUAUUUUGAUAUUUGGGUCUGUUAAUGGUUCCAAAAGGACUGUUGUAGCUUCACUCCUGCCGAAGGUGCUCACAUGAAACAGCUCCUCUCGUGACUUUUCAUAUUUUGCAAAUUUUUGUUUUAUGCUUUGUCAGAGGGGUGCCGAACUCAUAGUACAGAUAGAAUCGUAAGUUAUUCUAUUUAUACAAACCUUUGGUAAUGCUUCUGCGUUUUAGGAAGUUGUUUUACACUGCUUUUGUUAGCUUGUACAUCAUAGUUUGGGCAAAAAUGCUUGUUUAUAUAUUGACAACUAAAUUAUUUGGCUCCUU